CCGACCAUCAAGAGAACUUUCAUUUCCCGAAGCUUUUCUGGGAGCGCGUGGCUAGUAAGGGAGGUACCUGGCGGACUCCACACGCAUGCGGCCCUUCAACAGCACAGAAAUUGCAGCUCAAUGAGAAACCACACUGCCUUGAACCACCGCAUAAUUGUUGACAAAAUGCUGUUGGAAUGAGUCGGUGGAGGAGUAUAUCCACUCAGACAUGUGAUCAUGAUUAUAUAACAUACAUACAGCUCAACACGCGUCUGGUCACGACCUUUUACCUGCUCGAUUUCCGGUUUGUGUUGAAUCUGGCGAGCAUGCGAUACUCUCAAUCGCUCACCAGGCCCUUUAACCGAAGCAAUAAGAGUCUAUUACGUGUGACAGUGCAUCCCAGUUAGGAAUAGCUCUGGUGCGCAGGAGGGUUCCGCAGUCAACCCCUCUUCUUGCUGUUCCAUUAUCUUCAGGUGUGCUUCAACGAGCAGUUGUUGAUCUCAAGCCCAAACCAAACACUUCUUCAUAAGUUCACCAUAACUCGUGCGAGAUACUUGUACUCCAAAGACGAAAAUGGCUACUCUCGAUACCCUGAAGCAGGCUCUUAGGCAGGAAGUCAAGACAACGACAUCGUGCUUGAAACAGUCACUGUCCGACACAGAGUACAGUGCCGGCUUCGAUAUCUUGUUACAGGGCUCAGGAUGGACAACUUACCAAGAAUUCGUUAUCCCUCAAUUAAAUCAGUUGCUUGCUCCUCUAUUCAACUCGCGCGUCCAGAUAUCGGCACUUGAAAUUGGGCCCGGCCCGAAGAGCCUACUUGGAUAUCUUCCCGGAUGUCUGAGGCAGAAGAUCAACAAAUACACCGCAUUCGAACCUAACGAAUUGUUUGCUAGAACAUUAGAAGAAUGGAUUGAGACGGAGUCCCCAUUCCCGUGUCUGGGAGCCCCGCCCAACGUCUGUCCAGUCCCAUUUGUUCUGCAGGACAACAUAGAGAGAGGUACAAAUACCGGUACGAUGAAUGAGAUGGAAACAUACGAUAUCAUCCUGUUUUGUCACAGCAUGUAUGGCAUGAAGCCCAAACACAGAUACAUCGAACAGGCGUUGAAAAUGCUUGUCAAGGGGCCAGAUGGCGGGAUGGUUGUAGUAUUUCACCGUGACGGAGCUCUGCGCCUUGACGGGUUAGUGUGCCAUCAAACGGCUUCUUUCCCCACUGGAGUGGUCAGCGUGUCAAAUGAUGACAAAACACUCGACUGUUUUGCCUCUUUCGUCGCCGGGUUCACUAUGCAAGAUGUGGACGUGGACAAGGCUGUCCGAGUCCAUUGGCGUAAAGUGUGCCGCGCUUUGGGCCGUCGGGAGAAAGCCCAACCGGACCAUCUCUUAUUCAGCUCCCCCGAGAUCAUGAUGGCCUUUAAUGAACAUGCGACCACAUUGCCGGAGCUGGCAGCUCACGUGCCAUUGCUUGUUGGGGAUAAGGUGAUCAAAAACCGGGAGGCUCGCCUUCACUGCCCGGCCUCGAUUGUUAAGCCGACGGAAGUCCGACAUGUCCAAGAGUGCGUUCGAUGGGCUCUAAAGCACCAAGUCAGCCUGACCGUCGUUAGUGGUAGUCACAGCGGCCAAUGUAUUUGGCCUAACGUCGUCGCGGUUGACAUGAGCGCCUUUGACCAAGUACACAUCCUCACAACUGGCGAUGAUGGGAAGAAAUCCGAUCCUCUGGUCGUCGCUGACACUGGCUGCAAGGCAGGAGAUAUCAUCGGAAAAACCAUGGCGGCGGGCCUGACAGUGCCUUUGGGGGCUCGCCCAAGCAUAGGCGCAGGAUUGUGGCUACAAGGCGGCAUCGGGCACUUAGCGAGGCUCCAUGGGCUCGCGUCCGACGCCAUUGUCGGUGCUGUGGUGGUCAGCGUAGACUCUGGCCAGGUCCAUUGCGUCGGCCAUGUACCAAGACAGCACUGGCCUAUUGGUGCUGUGCGUCCGGAAAACCAAGAAGAUCUGUUAUGGGCAAUAAAAGGCGCGGGGACCAACUUCGGCAUCGUGAUCAGCGUCACUUUCAAAGCUUACCCGGCUCCGAAGUAUUGCAUUCGAAAUUGGGUUGUCCCACUGAGCGACAAUAUCGAAGCUCGCAUCAGGCUCGGCAACUUCAAUAGAUUCGUCGCCAGCGAGCUUCCACGGAACUUUUCUGCAGAUGCAUAUCUGUACUGUGAUAACGACCAGCUGCAUCUUGGCGUGACCAUGUUCGAAUCUUCCACGUCUACGCCUACUUUUGAGACGCCUCCGUCCAUAGGUCCAAUCUUAGGGCCGGAAGAUAGUCUCAAGACUGUGGACAGCGUCGGUUUGUUCGACACCGAGAUGUACAUGUCCGGGAUGCACGGUGGGCACGCUGGUGGCAAGACCUCCUCGUUCAAGCGUUGUGUAUUCUUGAAAAACAUCGGAGCCGUGAACGUUGCUAAUACAUUGGUGGCAGCCGUUGAGGUUCGGCCCUCUCCCCUCUGCUACCUCCAUCUGCUGCAAGGUGGCGGGGCGGUUGGCGACUUGACGGCCGAUGCCACAGCUUUCGGUUGUCGAGACUGGGACUUUGCCUGCGUAGUGACUGGUGUCUGGCCCCGCGACGAAGAUGGCAUCGAAACCGCUCAAGCUGCUGUGCGAUGGGUGUACAAUGUCGCUGGCGAACUGUUGCCCUUGAGUAGCGGAUGCUACGGCGCCGACCUUGGGCCAGAUCCAAGGGACGCGGCCCUUGCAGUCAGGGCUUUUGGACCCAAUCUGCCUCGACUGGCACGUCUUAAACGCAGCUUGGAUCCUCGCAAUGUACUGGCUUACGCGUGCCCGUUGCCGAAAGCAUCCGUGAAGCAGAAGCUGAAGCUUAUCAUUCUUGUCACAGGCGAAAGUUGUGCUGGCAAGGACUAUUGUGCUGCCGUGUGGGUCGCCAUGUUCACCAAGAGCCUAACGGCACGGGCCGUCAGCAUUAGCGAUGCCACUAAGCGAGAAUACGCGGCGGCUACAGGUGCGGACCUCCACCGUCUGCUGACAGAUCGUGCCUACAAGGAGCAUCACCGACCAGCGUUGACGGCAUUUUUCGACAGUCAGGUACAGCAACAACCCCACCUGCCAGAAGACCAUUUUCUGAAUGUGGUCUACGGCGCCGCAGAUGUGGACGUGCUGCUAAUCACCGGCAUGAGAGACGAGGCGCCAGUCGCAACCUUCUCGCAUUUGAUUCCAAACAUUAGACUGCUCGAGAUUCGCGUCACAGCUAGCGAUGAGACGCGGCAGGCUCGCCGAGAGUGCCACGGUGAUAACAAUGAUAGCGAUCACGGUAAAGGAAACAAGGAUAGCAACAACAGCGGGUCGGGUUUGCCAGCCCUGGACUACUGCCCUAGUCUUAUCUUCAAUAAUGAUAGAACCGGACAAGGGGCUGUAAAAAGCUUUGGCGAACGUUACCUACUUCCAUUCUUGCACGAGAACCUGGAGCGCCUAGCCAAUAUGGUGAGCCAUGUGACCGACUUCCCACGCCCUGGCACCGAGUUCCGCCAUGUGCUGGGCAUUUCCCAGCAGCCGGGUGGGCUAGCCCUGUGCACAACUCUACUGCAAACCCAUUUCAUUGGUGAUUGGUCUAAAAUCGGUGCGGUAGUGUGUUGCGAGGUCGGGGGCUUCGUCUUUGCGUCGGCGUUGGCCUCGAAGAUCGAUAUCCCCUUGUUGCUGAUACGCGAAGCUGGCAAGCUUCCCCAACCGACUGUUUCUGUGGUCAAGCCCUCAUCGUAUAUCUCGUCUUUGGAAUCUAACAACUCAGAAGAGAAGCGGUUCGAGAUAGAGCGGGAUGUGGUCCCCAAGGACGUGUCAGUGCUUGUGGUGGACGACGUACUUUCCACGGGGAGGACGCUUUGUGCGGUGCUACAGUUAUUGAAUAAAGCAGGCGUCGGCGUCGAACAUAUUAGUGUCAUGGUCGUGACUGAAUUCCCGUUUCAUCGCGGCCGAGCACUAUUGCGCCAACGAGGGUUUGGCACAGUCAAUAUUCAAAGUCUUCUGGUCUUUGGUGGUGCCUAAGGAGAGAAUUUCGGAUAUUGGACUUGUGGGAAUACCUAAUAUGUGCUCGUUUGAGGUCGACUUGUUUCUCAGAGUUUGAGUGUAGCUAAGUUUGGUUGAAUAUUGGCGAUCACAUCAGUUGGAAGCCACUGUUGGACUCAAAAACGGGGCAGGUGGUUUGUCGCUGUACAAAUUUCGAUCCUGAUGUUGUCUCAUUGGUAGAGUUGAUAAGGCUGCCUAGGCACAUGCAAAAUGGUUGGGUUUUAGUGACCAGACCUGCCUGGAAUGAUGCCACUUUGGCAUGACUCAUUUCUUACAACACUUCCCCGCACCUCAGUGGUGGGUAGCAGGUCUCUUUGAGACGCUUAUCGUGUCUUUAUAUGUGAUUAUUCUUGAGGCUAUUGGCUCUCACAAUUGCUUGUCCUGAUUGUUUACAAACUGCCGCCUGCGACACGUCACCCACUCCUGGCUACGAAAUCUAGAAUCAAAUUGCCUUCAAACUUGAGAUCACGCGGCGUGUUGUGCCACAAUAUUGCAGAAUUGUGCUUUGCCUGAUAGCCUUCGACGCCCGGCUUCGUAUGGGUGUGCGUAGCCGUAUUCCCAGCAUGCCCACUUUGCAAAGGCCAGGCGGCCUUAUCAGUUGAUCUUAAAUGGUUCGUAUUUCCCACGUCUAGGCGGAAAACUUCCCCAGUUUGCGCAAAGCCAACGGAGUAAAUAAAAAAACUUCUCACGCCUCCUGUCAAAGCCAGCACCAAGACCUGCCCACUUCAAAAUGCCCACUGCAGAGGAGCAGGCGAAGGAGCAGGCCGAAGCUGCUAGGAAGGCCCAAGCCGAAAGGCAGACAGCGCGAGGACGCCGCGGCAGUCACCAGAGGGCUGAGCGACGAGACGACCAUAAAACAGUUAUCGUCAACUGGAGACGCCGCGAAGAAGAAGAGGGGGAAGUGAUAUGGGUGCUGAUAUUUAUCAUAAUGAGCUCUUUGUAUUUUUGAGGCGGGAAUUGGGUCGUAGUACCAGUUGAGGCAUAAAAUUGUCGUGGCAGUACAAAAUGCUAAAAUACAAGUACCUAGGCUGGCUAGGAAAGGAAUCUACCUCGGGU